AUGCCUCAACUCUAUUUGAUUGCCAUGAUUCUCAUCUUUCAACAUCCAUCAUUAAUCGCGCUUCUCGAUUUUCUAUUAUGCGUUCAUCGCCUAUCAGUGGUGUUCUGCGAGUGCAAGUUCUUCACCCAAUACUUUCGAUGGACGGGACCACUACUAUUUCUAAUAAUUGCUCCGCUCAUGCUCAUAGCCACUCUAAUUGCGUCGACAGCAUUAAGCAUACAUUCCGAUGGAAGUGUGUCGGAUUAUUUCGUGAGGAUUCAAACCGGCUUGAAGGCAGCUCUAAGCGUUCUGACAUUCUCGGGCUACAGUCUGAUUCUAAUAAAAUCGCGAUCGAAACAAACAACCAAUGCGAAUCGCAGGGAUUACAGUGUCAUCUUAAGGCAGGCAUUGCCAAUCGCCAGCUUCCAAUGGUGUUCCGUUAUUAUAUUAGGCAUCACACAGAUUCCUUUUGAAGAUUUCGAGGUGACAAACGUUCAAAUUUUUAUGAUCAAUAUUGCCCUCUCCUGCAUGUUUUACAUCGUCGUUCCGAUAUCGAUAAUCGUUGGGAACAACACGAAGCGUCGCCUAUUCCUCAAUUCGUUUUGUUGUUUUUCGAUCGGCAACUCGAGCGAUUCGCGCGCGGCCAUCUAUACGACGGAAGCGGCGCGGCGACGCGGCGUCUAA